GGACUGCGCAGCCAUGCCGGUGACCGAGAAGGACCUGGCGGAGGAUGCGCCCUGGAAGCGGAUCCAGCAGAACACCUUCACCCGCUGGUGCAACGAGCACCUCCGCUGCGUGAACAAGCGCAUCGGCAACCUGCAGUUCGACCUGAGCGACGGGCUGCGGCUCAUCGCCCUGCUGGAGGUGCUUAGCCAGAAGCGCAUGUACCGCAAAUACCACCAGCGACCCACUUUCCGACAGAUGCAGCUGGAGAACGUCUCGGUGGCGCUCGAGUUCCUGGAGAAGGAGAACAUCAAGCUGGUCUCCAUCGAUAGUAAAGCUAUUGUUGAUGGGAACUUGAAGCUAAUCCUAGGGUUAGUAUGGACCCUUAUCCUCCAUUAUUCAAUCUCUAUGCCAGUGUGGGAAGAUGAAGGAGAUGAUGAUGCCAAGAAACAAACUCCUAAACAGAGACUCUUGGGAUGGAUUCAGAACAAAAUCCCUUAUUUGCCAAUAACAAACUUCAACCAAAACUGGCAGGAUGGCAAAGCACUGGGUGCUCUCGUUGACAGCUGUGCUCCAGGUCUCUGCCCAGACUGGGAAACCUGGGAUCCUAAGAAGCCUGUUGAUAAUGCUCGUGAAGCCAUGCAGCAAGCAGAUGAUUGGUUGGGUGUCCCUCAGGUAAUCGCUCCUGAAGAAAUAAUUCAUCCUGGUGUGGAUGAACAUUCUGUAAUGACUUAUCUAUCACAAUUCCCCAAAGCAAAGCUGAAGCCAGGUGCUCCUUUGAAACCUAAACUUAAUCCAAAGAAGGCAAGAGCCUAUGGCAGAGGAAUUGAACCUAAUGGAAAUAUGGUGAAGCAACCUGCCAAUUUCACUGUAGACACUAUCAGUGCUGGCCAGGGUGAAGUAAUGGUUUUCAUAGAAGAUCCGGAAGGAAACAGAGAAGAGGCCAAGGUGACCCCUGACAAUGACAAGAACAAGACCUUCGCCGUUCAGUAUGUGCCAAAGGUUACAGGACCUCACAAGGUUACAGUUCUCUUUGCUGGCCAGCACAUUUCAAAGAGCCCGUUUGAAGUAAAUGUUGACAAAGCUCAAGGAGAUGCCAGCAAAGUAACAGCAAAAGGCCCUGGCUUGGAAGUAACAGGAAAUAUAGCCAAUAAACCUACCUAUUUUGAAAUUUACACAGCAGGGGCUGGUGUUGGUGAUAUAGGUGUUGAUGUUGAAGAUCCUCAAGGGAAGAACUCUGUUGAAGUUACGGUAGAAGACAAAGGGAAUCAAGUGUACCGCUGCAUGUAUAAGCCUCUUCAAGCUGGUCCUCACACUGUUAGAGUGGUGUUUGCUGGAGAGCAUGUUCCCAAAAGCCCUUGGAGUGUCCUUAUUGGUGAAGCCUGCAAUCCAAAUGCCUGCCGUGCCAGCGGUAGGGGCCUCCAACCUAAAGGAGUUCGGAUCAGAGAAACCGCAGACUUCAAGGUUGAUACUAAAGCCGCAGGGAGUGGAGAUAUGCAUGUGGCAAUAAAAGGGCCAAAGGGCUUGGAAGAACUUGUGAAACAAAAGGAAUUUAUGGAUGGUGUGCAUUCAUUUGAAUACUACCCAGUAACCCCAGGAAAAUAUGUUGUCACAAUCUUGUGGGGAGGUCACAACAUCCCCAAAAGCCCCUUUGAAGUUCAAGUUGGUUCUGAAGCUGGUCCUCAGAAAGUAAGAGCUUGGGGGCCAGGCCUUCAUGAAGGAGUUGUUGGUAGAUCUGCUGACUUUGUGGUAGAAUCCAUUGGUCCGGAAGUUGGAUCCUUAGGCUUUGCCAUUGAAGGCCCAUCUCAAGCAAAAAUUGAAUGCGAUGAUCAAAAUGAUGGAUCAUGCGAUGUGAAAUACUGGCCCAAAGAGCCUGGUGAAUAUGCUGUUCACAUCAUGUGUGAUGAUGAAGACAUCAAAGACAGCCCCUACAUGGCAUUCAUCCAGCCAUCUUCUCUAGACUUCAACUGUGACAAGGUAAAAGCCUAUGGUCCAGGUCUGGAGAGAACUGGCUGCAUUGUGAACAAUCCUGCAGACUUUACUGUUGAUGCAAAGGAAGCUGGGAGUGCUCCUCUGAAGUUAUAUGCGCAAGAUGGAGAUGGAAACCCUAUUGAUAUCCACAUGAAGAGCAAGCCAGAUGGCAUCUAUGCCUGCUCUUACAUUCCAAGCAAACCAAUCAAGCACACCAUUGCUGUCACUUGGGGAGGAGCUAAUGUACCCAAUAGCCCUUAUAGGAUCCAGAUUGGACAAGGCAGCCAUCCCCAGAAGGUGAAAGUUAUUGGACCAGGGGUGGAGAGAACUGGUCUGAAAGCCAGUGAACCUACGCAUUUCACAGUAGACUGCACAGAGGCAGGAGAAGGUGAUGUGAGUGUGGGCAUCAAAUGUGAUGCUCAUGUACUAAGUGAAGAAGAGCAAGACAUAGAGUUUGCCAUCAUUCCUAAUGCUAAUGAUACAUUCACAGUGAAAUACACUCCCCCUGCUGCUGGGCGCUACACUGUCAAAGUGCUGUUUGCUGGAGAAGAAAUCCCUACCAGCCCUUUCAGAGUGAAAGUGGAACCUUCCCAUGAUGCAAGUAAGGUAAAAUCUGAAGGGCCUGGACUAAAUAAGACAGGUGUGGAGAACGGGAAACCAACACACUUCACUGUCUUCACAAAAGGUGCUGGGAAAGCCCCUCUGGAUGUCCAAUUCAAUGGACCAAUGGCAGGAGAUGCUGUCAAAGAUUUAGACAUCAUUGACAACUAUGAUUAUUCCCACACUGUAAGAUACACUCCAGUACAGCAGGGUAACAUGAAUGUUCUGGUGAACUAUGGUGGUGAUCCUAUCCCUAGAAGUCCUUUCACUGUAGGUGUUGCUGCUCCACUUGACCUGAGCAAAAUUAAACUUAAUGGUCUGGAAAACAGAGUGGAAGUAGGGAAGGAUCAAGAAUUUCUAAUUGACACAAAAGGAGCUGGUGGACAGGGUAAACUCGAUGUGUGCAUCUUCAGCCCUACCAGGAAAGCUUUGCCAUGCUUAGUAGAACCAGUAGUAGGCAAAGAAUGUAGCACUGCAAAGUAUAUCCCAAAGGAAGAAGGACUUCAUAUGGUCGAUGUAAAUUAUGAUGGGAAUCCAGUCCCAGGAAGCCCUUACACUGUGGAAGCCGCUCUGCCACCAGAUCCCUCCAAGGUGAAGGCCCAUGGCCCAGGCCUUCAAGGAGGCCUCGUUGGAAAACCUGCAGAAUUCACAAUAGACACCAAAGGAGCUGGAACCGGGGGUCUUGGGUUGACUGUUGAAGGACCAUGUGAAGCCAAAAUAGAAUGCUCUGAUAAUGGGGAUGGAACAUGCUCAGUCUCUUACCUGCCUACAAAACCAGGUGAAUACCUUGUGAACAUCCUGUUUGAAGAGGUCCAUAUUCCUGGCUCUCCGUUCAAAGCAGACAUUGAAAUGCCAUUUGAUGCUUCAAAAGUAAUUGCUACAGGCCCUGGACUUGAACGAGGUAAAGUGGGUGAAGCUGGAUUGCUCAAUGUGGAUUGCUCAGAAGCUGGACCUGGGAAACUGGAUAUGGAAGCAGUGUCUGAUUCUGGUUCUAAAGCAGAUGUUGAGAUUCAGGAUAAUAAAGAUGGGACCUAUGCGGUUACAUAUGUGCCCUUUUCUGCUGGGAUGUACACACUCAAGAUGAAAUACGGUGGAGAACCAGUGCCAAACUUCCCUGCACGGGUCAAAGUUGAUCCAGCUGUGGACACAAGCAAAAUCCAAGUGUUUGGGCCAGGAAUUGAAGGGAAAGAUGUCUUCCGUGAAGCGACAACAGAUUUCACUGUAGAUGCUAGGCCCUUGACCAAAACUGGUGGAGACCACAUCAAGGCACAAAUUGCAAAUCCCUCCGGAGCUUCCACAGAUUGCCUCAUCAAAGACAAUGCUGAUGGGACAUAUGCAGUAGAGUUCACUCCAUAUGAAAGAGGCCCUCAUAGUGUUGAAGUGACCUAUGAUGAUGUCCCUGUUCUAAACAGCCCUUUCAAAGUUGAUGUCACAGAAGGGUGUCAUCCUUCACGUGUGUUGGCCGAGGGAACAGGGCUACAGGAAGCCUUCACAAAUAAACCCAACCCAUUUACUGUUGUUACUCGAGGGGCUGGAAUUGGUGGCCUUGGAAUAACUGUUGAAGGGCCUUCAGAAUCCAAGAUAAGCUGCAAAGAUAACAAGGAUGGAAGCUGUAGUGCAGAAUAUAUCCCUUACAUUCCAGGCGACUAUGAUGUCAACAUAACUUAUGGAGGUGAACACAUCCCUGGAAGUCCAUUUAAGGUUCCUGUAAAAGAUGUUGUUGACCCCUACAAGGUGAAAGUUGUCGGACCAGGCCUAGGAACAGCAGUUCGUGCUAAAAUUCCCCAGGUCUUUACUGUGGAUGCUAGUAAGGCUGGAGUGGCACCACUUGAAGUUAUGGUGACGGGACCCAGAGCUGAUGAGCCGGAUUCCCAGUCAUGGCGCAGUCCACUGAAAGCAAUUUCAGAGUUCUUUAAAGGUGACCCACAGGGUGAAUCUAAUGAGACAGGCUUGGCAGAACCUGUUAACGUAGUUGACAAUGGUGAUGGCACUCAUACAGUAGCAUACACACCUACGCAAGAGGGUCCCUACACAAUUGGGGUGAAAUAUGCAGAUGAAGAGAUUCCUAGAAGCCCGUUCAAAGUAAAGGUGCUUCCAACAUACGAUGCCAGUAAAGUGACGGCUAGUGGGCCUGGCCUGAGCUCCCAUGGGAUUCCAGCCAGCAUGCCUGCUGAAUUUCUUGUUGAUACUAAAGAUGCAGGCCAAGAGAUUCUCUCAGUGCACGUAACGGACCAAGAAGGCAAACCGAAGAGGGCAGUUAUCCAUGACAACAGUGAUGGCACUUACGCAGUAACUUACAUCCCUGACAAGACCGGUCGCUAUUCUGUUGGUGUUAAAUAUGGUGGUGAUGAUAUACCCCUUUCUCCAUAUCGAAUCCGUGUAUCGCCAGCAGGAGAUGCUAGCAAGUGUCUAGCAACAGGUCCUGGCAUUGCAGCAACAGUGAAGACAGGAGAGGAAGUUGGCUUUGUAGUAGAUGCUAAAUCUGCUGGCAAGGGUAAAGUGACAUGUACUGUCCUGACACCAGAUGGUACAGAAGCUGAAGCAGACGUUGUUGAAAAUGAAGAUGGAACAUACGACAUUUAUUAUACAGCUGCUAAACCAGGAACCUAUGUAAUUUAUGUCCGCUUCGGUGGAGUGGAUAUUCCGAACAGCCCCUUCACAGUCAUGGCUACAGAUGCAGAUGACGUUGCAGUAUUGUCUCAGAAGCCACUAAAUGCAGCCUGUCCCCCUGGAUUCCAGCCCUGGGUCACAGAAGAAGCUUAUGUACCUGAUGGUGACAUGAAUGGUGUAGGCUUUCAGCCUUUUGAUGUGGUCAUUCCUUUUGCAGUGAGAAAAGGAGAAAUAACUGGGGAAGUUCACAUGCCCUCAGGGAAGACUGCAACAGCAGAUAUUGUGGAUAACAAGGAUGGCACAGUAACCGUUAAAUAUGCUCCUAUUGAGGUUGGGUUGCAUGAAAUGCAUAUCAAAUACAUGGGUAACCAUGUUCCAGAGAGCCCCCUACAGUUUUAUGUGAACUAUCCAAACAGUGGCAACGUGACUGCUUAUGGACCUGGCCUUGUCUAUGGUGUAGCAAACAAGCCAGCGACCUUUACCAUCGUCACUGAAGAUGCUGGUGAGGGUGGUUUGGACUUGGCCAUUGAAGGUCCCUCAAAAGCUGAGAUCAGUUGCAUUGAUAACAAGGAUGGCACUUGCACCGUCACUUACCUGCCAACACUUCCAGGAAACUACAACAUUUUAGUCAAGUACAAUGACAAGCAUAUCCCAGGAAGCCCAUUCAUUGCCAAAAUCACAGAUGACAAUAGGAGGUGUUCCCAAGUUAAGCUUGGCUCUGCUGCUGACUUCUUGUUGGACAUCAAUGAGACCGACCUUAGCCUCUUGACAGCCAGUAUUAAAGCCCCAUCUGGGCGAGAUGAACCAUGUCUUCUGAAAAGGUUACCCAAUAACCACAUUGGUAUCUCAUUCAUUCCACGGGAGGUGGGAGAACACUUGGUCAGUAUUACGAAGAAUGGAAGUCAUGUGCCCAACAGCCCAGUCUCCAUUAUGGUGGUUCAGUCUGAGAUUGGCGAUGCAAAUAGAGCAAGAGUUUCUGGACGUGGCUUGGUUGAAGGGCGAACAUUUGAAAUGUGUGACUUCAUUGUAGAUACAAGAGAUGCAGGUUAUGGUGGGAUAUCACUGGCAGUAGAAGGACCAAGCAAAGUGGAUAUCCAGACAGAAGAUCUAGAGGAUGGGACUUGCAGAGUGUCUUACUUUCCAACCGUGCCUGGUGUUUACAUAGUGUCAACUAAGUUUGCUGAUGAGCAUAUCCCAGGUAGCCCAUUUACUGUGAAAAUAAGUGGUGAAGGAAGGGUGAAGGAAAGCAUCACACGUGCCAGACGGGCUCCUUCUGUGGCCACUGUUGGAAGCUUGUGUGAUCUUAACUUAAAAAUUCCAGAAAUUGAUAUUGGGGACAUGUCAGCCCGAGUAACGAGCCCAUCAGGGAGAAUGACAGAUGCUGAAAUAAUGGAGCAUGACAAAAACGCAUACUGUGUCCGCUUUGUACCCCAGGAAAUGGGGAUCCAUACUGUUGAUGUGAAAUACAGAGCACAGCAUGUGCCAGGCAGCCCAUUCCAGUUUACUGUAGGACCACUUGGUGAAGGAGGAGCCAAUAAGGUCAGAGCUGGUGGUCCAGGACUUGAGAGAGCAGAAGCAGGAAUCCCAGCUGAAUUCAGCAUAUGGACAAGAGAAGCAGGAGCUGGAGGGCUUUCUAUUGCAGUGGAAGGCCCAAGUAAGGCAGAAAUUGCUUUUGAAGACCAUAAAGAUGGAUCCUGUGGUGUAUCAUAUACUGCCCAAGAGCCUGGUAACUACGAGGUGUCCAUCAAAUUCAACGAUGAGCAUAUUCCCGAAAGCCCUUACCUGGUUCCUGUGAUAGCUCCUUCAGAUGAUGCUCGUAGGCUCACUGUUAUGAGCCUUCAGGAGUCUGGGUUGAAAGUUAACCAGCCAGCAGCCUUCGCCAUAAGGCUUAACGGGGCAAAGGGCAAGAUUGAUGCCAAAGUGCAUAGCCCAAUUGGAGCUGUAGAAGAAUGUCAUGUUUCUGAAUUGGAGCAAGAUAAAUAUGCUGUUCGGUUCAUUCCACGUGAAAAUGGCAUUCAUUCUAUUGACGUGAAGUUCAAUGGGAGUCAUGUUGUGGGCAGCCCUUUCAAAGUCCGAGUUGGGGAGCCUGGUCAAACGGAUAGCCCAGCCCUAGUCACUGCCUAUGGACCAGGUCUUGAGAGUGGCAUAACAGGAUUACAAUCAGCGUUUACUAUAGACACCACCAAAGCUGGCCCUGGUACCCUUGCUGUUACGAUUGAGGGGCCAUCAAAGGUGAAAAUGGAUUGCCAGGAAGCUCCAGAGGGCUACAAUGUAAUGUACACACCUAUGGCUCCAGGAAACUACUUAAUUGGAAUUAAAUACGGAGGGCCUAAUCACAUAGCUGGUAGUCCUUUCAAAGCCAAAGUGACAGGUCAGCGGCUGGUUAGCCCCGGCAUCUCAAAUGAAACGUCCUCUAUCAUGGUGGAAUCUGUCACCAGGUCAACAACUGAUACCUGCUAUAGUGCCAUUCCGAAAUCUUCAUCUGAUGCAAGCAAAGUUAUCUCCAGGGGUGCAGGGCUCUCUAGAGCUUUUGUGGGCCAGAAAAACUCCUUCUCUGUAGAUUGCAGCAAAGCAGGCUCAAAUAUGUUGUUAGUUGGUGUCCACGGACCUACAACACCUUGUGAAGAAGUAUCUGUGAAACACUUGGGAAAUCACCAGUACAGUGUGACAUAUGUUGUUAAGGAGAAGGGUGACUAUAUUCUAGCCGUGAAGUGGGGUGAAGAACACAUUCCUGGAAGCCCGUUUCAUGUUACUGUUCCAUAAGUUCAUCUUGUUUCAAAACAUUCUAUUCUUUGAGUGAAAUCUUACAAUGCAAUACUGUGAGCGGUCCUGUGAGAAAGAAAGUAUCUUCCUGUAUGCAGAUCAUACUUUUAAUGUACCCUAGAUUAAAUUGAAUAUUUUUAAAGUGGUUUUUUUUGUCAUAAGUAUCACUGCUAUAUCAUGUAAAUCCAAUGUCCUUUUCAGAUUGUACUUUUCUCAAUUGGUAUACAAUCAUGUAAUAAUGAAGGACAGUAUCCUUUUUCUGGAUUUUUGUAUUUACACGUUAAACUGGAAUUUGUCUUGGCUAAUUGGGUAUCUUAAACUACUGAUUUAUAAUGGAUGUUUUUAGACUGUAAACUCUUCAUUUAGUUGUAGAAUAUCACUUUGGCUAUUGCCAGUUUAAAAAAUUUCUGUAAAGAAAUGAGGUAAAACUGGUAUACUUGAUUGACUUUUAAUACCUAAUCACGAAAACUCAAAAUAGUGUUACAGCUAAACACUAUGGAAUGCUUGGCUGUUUACAUUUGGGGAAAGUGAAAAUUGCUUUUUUUUUUUCUUUGAAGGAAACCAAAAGCGUCAUCAAACUUGUUCCUGGCAGCCUUCAUCACUAAGACUCAGUUAUGAUGCUGGCUUGCUUUAACCAUGAUUUUGUGAUUGACAGGGUGCUGAACUAAGCCUGGCAGAGAUGCACCUUGCUGGGUGCUUGAAGUCAGUUGUGAUGCACCACACAAAACCUCCAAUAACUUAUUCCAAGAGUAGCUGUCUGUUUGUGCACAAAAAUACCCCUGUUUGUGUAGCUCGCAUAUUGACCGUCAUGGAAAGAUGCUUAAUUCCCAACACACAGACUCCUAAGUCCAGUUAAAAGCAUCUCAGGACUUGCUCAUUGUAACACUAGCGUAGGCAGUUAACCAUUAAAUGAAUAUCUGAUUGUUUCUACUAAGAGUGCAAAUUAAUUGAGCCCAUUGAAAGGAGAAUUUAACCCAAGGAGUUCAUGCACAUGUGUUUAUCCCCUUCAUUGUUUUGGGAUAAGGAAAUGAACACAUGGCCAUUCUAAAUGACAGAAGUUUUCUUAAAAAACAACAACCCUCACAUACACAUGCGUGCACACAUUCCAAAUGUGCAACUAAUGGUUACUACAAGGCUGGUGUGGCUUUUAACAGAAUAUUUUUUUCUUGGAGCUUUAAAUGUGCCUGAUGGAGGAAGAGAUUUAAUGGAAGUAACUUUGUUCCAUUCAUUGUAUUUAGCAAAAGAUUUCUACUUGGUCAACUUUAUUUUUGUAGUUGUAUAUCAAUGCACUAAGUCUAAGCACAGCUUCUUGGAGGGGAGAUAGAAUAACAGGAUUAUUAUUAUUUUUACUGUGCUGUGUGUGCCUUAAUGUGAAAUGCUCACUACAUUGUAAACUAUAUAGAAAAGCAAAAUAAACUGGAAUAAAUGCAAGAUUGUAAUAUUGUAUCUCAUAACUUAUUAAAAACCAUGAAUGUUUGCUUCAUGAAAUAAAAUGUGCAUGUUAAAAACAAA